CUGGUUGAAAAAUUUCUGUCAUCGGUUUUACGUCUUUGUGUUUAUUCACGGAUCGCUUUUUUUUUUUUUUUUGAAGAUAAUGCCGCACACAGAAUGGCAAAAAGUGUAUCCCGUUGGAAGAGCAACUUUUUUUUUUUUUUUCUAACGCAGUCACGUCAACCCACAGCAUGAAUGAGAACAGCACAAAGUAGUUGUCAUUUGGGCUCUUCUAACCUCAGCCCUUUUGUAUGUACAUAACUGUUCUGCUGCUAGUACAUUAACUGUGGUUUUCAUAGAAAAAGGCUGUAAUCUGACAAUACCCAGAGGAGAACCUGAAAUCCAGUGAGUGAGGGGCUAUGGGGAGUUCAGCCUCUUCUCUCACUGCAGAAACAGAGUCGGAUCAUGGGUUCCGCAGCACCUCCUACCCAUCAUCGCCCCCUAUGGGCUGGUUAAGGAACAGCCACAGCAGCCCAGUUUGGGGGUCCACCUUCAUCUCUCGACAGCAGCAGGCUCCUGUCCCUCACCGUGAGCGCAGUCACUCUCAUUCCCCUGGCUCCAUGGCGACGGCAGUGCGGGGAGGCGAGUGGUCAUGCGGCCGCUGCACCUUCUUGAACACAGGUGGUGCCCCCCGCUGCUCCAUCUGUGAGGCACCACGCCAAAAGCCUGACCUGAACCAGAUCCUGCGGCUAAGCAGCACAGAGGAACAGCGUUGGUCCUGCCCCCGCUGCACACUCAACAACCCCCAGGGCUCUGGAGCCUGCUCUGUUUGUGGUUUUGGACCCUCUCCCAGCACACCCAUAGCCAAUGGGCCUCUGCCACCCCCGCCUGAGCCCCCUGUGCCCAGUGUUCCCUCAGUUACUACUUUGGCUGUAAACACGGAUAUCCGUGGCCAGCAACCUCCCAAGGAGGAGCUUCGGCGUUCGGAGAGCAACGGGGAGGACCACUCCACAGAUAAGCAAUCUGGCUGGGCAUGCCCAAGAUGCACCCUCCACAAUACACCUGUGGCCCUCUCCUGCUCUGCCUGCGGGGGUCCCCGCAAGCUUUCCCUGCCUAAAAUUCCCCCUGAGGCACUGGUGGUUCCAGAGGUCCGUACACCAGUGGUGGGAUUUCCAGUUCACCCCAGUGGAGUGGCCCCUCUUCUGAUUGACUUAACUGAUGACUUGCCCCCUACCCCCUCGGAACCUCAGGAGCCCCCUCACAUCUCCUCUCAACCUCCAACUGGCCCCUUUAGUUCUCUCUCCUCCCUGCAGAACAACCCAGUGCCACGCAGUCGCAGAGAGGUUCCUCCCCCGGGACGUCCCCCAAAUCCAGCUCCCAGCCCCACUUCUCCCUGUACUGCUGGCACCCCCACCACCUGUCCUCUGCGUCUCUCCAAGCCCAAGCAGUCGCAACCCCAACCACAGGAGCCAUUCCCCAGCAAGCGUCUCAGCAUUUUGGAGGAAGAGGAUUCAUCCCUCCCCUUACCUUUACCACUUACCCCACCCCCUUCCUGGAAGUGCCCCAGCUGCUCCUUGCCCAACCCGACUGGUUCAUCCAAAUGCGAGUCAUGCCGCUCAUCUCGGGGGGACCUCAUUGACCUGGUGGGAGAGUCGGUACGCUUCACACCAGCUAGCCCCUCCAGCCCAGACUUUAGCACCUGGUCCUGCUCGAAGUGCACACUGCGCAACCCCACUAGUGCACCCCAGUGCAGUGCCUGUGGCUCCUCCAAACUGCACGGCUUCCAGGACUCCUCUUCCCGCUGCCUCCACUGUGGCCUCCCAGUGCCCUGCUCCUGCGCUGGUAGCUUUGGGACUAAAGGAGGCAGUCGUAAGCAGGCCAAGGUCUUUCCAUCACCCUCCCUCUGUGAGAAGCCGGGCCAUUGGGCAUGUCCAGCCUGCACGCUGCUUAAUGAUCUGAAGGCUAAGCACUGCGCUGCUUGCCAUACACCACAACAAUACUUUACCUUGCGCAAGGGGACCAAGCCCCUCAAAAGGCGUGAGAGCAUGCACGUCGAGGCACGCAGACGGACUGAUGAGGGGGAGGCCAAGGAGCUCUGGGAGAACAUCGUCAGCUUCUGCAGAGAGAACACAGUGAACUUUGUGGACGACAGCUUUCCCCCUGGCCCGCGAUCAGUGGGUUUUCCGGAGGGCGAUAGUGUACAACAGCGUGUGAAGAAGUGGCUCCGCCCGCAUGAGAUCAACUGCAACAACUUCAAGGAUCGUGGCGUCAAGUGGUCGGUCUUCCGAACCCCUCGGCCCUCUGACAUCCUGCAAGGUCUUCUGGGAAACUGCUGGUUUCUGAGUGCCCUGGCGGUGCUGGCAGAGAGGCCGGAACUGGUGGAGCGGGUGAUGAUCACGCGGAGCAUCUGUCAAGAGGGCGCAUACCAGGUGCGCCUCUGCAAGGAUGGCACCUGGAUCACUGUGCUGGUGGAUGACAUGCUUCCCUGUGAUGAAUAUGGCUACUUGCUCUUCUCCCAGGCCCAGCGGAAGCAGCUGUGGGUGGCCCUGAUCGAGAAGGCUCUGGCUAAGCUGCACGGUUCCUACUUUGCCCUGCAAGCAGGCCGUGCCAUUGAGGGUCUAGCCACGCUGACUGGUGCCCCCUGUGACUCACUCAUGCUACAAGUCAGCUCCACCAACCCUCGCGAGGAGCCCAUCGACACUGACCUCAUCUGGGCCAAGAUGCUCAGCUCCAAGGAGGCUGGGUUCCUAAUGGGAGCCUCCUGUGGAGGGGGCAACAUGAAGGUGGAUGACCUGAUGUACGAGUCACUGGGCCUGCGCCCUCGCCAUGCCUACUCCAUCCUCGAUGUGCGGGACGUGCAGGGAUAUAAAUUGCUGCGACUGCGGAACCCCUGGGGCCGCUUCUCUUGGAAUGGGAGCUGGUCAGACGAGUGGCCAGACUGGCCACAGCACCUUCGGCAUGAGCUGAUGGCGCACGGGAGCAGCGAGGGUGUUUUUUGGAUGGAAUAUGCUGACUUCAUCAAGUACUUUGACUCAGUGGACAUCUGCAAGAUACACUCAGACUGGCAGGAGGUACGCCUGCAGGGCUGCUUUCCAAGCCGGGCCAGUGGUCCUGUUACAGUGACUGCCCUGACGGUGCUGGAGAGGACAGCGCUGGAAUUUGCCUUGUUCCAGGAGGGAAGUCGCCGCUCUGAUACUGCGGACAGCCACCUGCUGGACCUGUGCAUCAUGGUUUUCCGUGCGUCAUUCGGCAGUGGAAACAAGUUGACUCUAGGCCGCCUGCUAGCCCACAGCAAGCGCGCGGUCAAGAAGUUUGUGGGCUGUGAUGUCAUGCUGGAGCCGGGGGAGUAUGCCGUGGUCUGCUGCGCUUUCAACCACUGGCAGAUGAAUGUGUCCGGAGGGCCUCCCACCCCUGUAUCUAGCCCCACAAGCAGCAGCCGCCCCAGUCAGGACUUCCCAGGUUACGUGCUGGCAAUCUACAGCUCUCGCCAGGUAAUGGUGGAGCAAGUGGAGGCCACAGCCACCACCAUGGCAGAUGCCAUCAUCCUGCUGACAGAGAACAAAGGCGAGAGGCAUGAGGGCCGGGAGGGCAUGACUUGCUACUAUCUGACACACGGCUGGGCGGGACUCAUUGUAGUGGUGGAGAACCGGCAUCCCAAGUACUACUUGCACGUAUCAUGUGACUGCACUGACAGCUUCAAUGUUGUGUCUACACGCGGCAGCCUGAAGACCAUUGACAGUGUCCCACCCCUGCACCGGCAGGUGCUGGUGGUCCUGUCCCAGCUGGAGGGCAACGCUGGCUUCUCCAUCACUCACAGACUGGCACACCGCAAGGCUGCACAGGCUUCUCUGGGGGACUGGACACCCACCAAGGCCACUCACAGCCCCCAGCUCACCCCAGACACAGAUGGGCUGCAUCGGCCCCGCCCACUAUGACCAUGGCUUACCCCUUGUGGUAGGACAAAUCUGCUGGUCCCCCUUUCCCUUUGAGGCAGGUGGAGAAAAACACGUUCUUCCUCUUUAUUGUACUGAAAGACAAAGGUUUUGUCCUGCCAAAUAUAUUUUUGGUUCUUGUUGCACUUUCCUAUGUGCUGUAUUUGCCAGACAAGGCACUGAUGUGUGUAAGUUUUGUACCCCAAGGAGGGUGAGGAAUGCACACAGGUGCCCACAAAGACUUGCAGAGAAAAGAAUGCACACCUUGUCUCUGCCCUGCCGCUGGAGGUCACAAAUCGGGAGGAGCCCACGUGUUGUGUUGUGGAAGGGCCUUCUCCAUCUCCCCUCCCCAACCUGUCCCACUGGAAAUCAAAGUAGGAAUGAUUGUGCCGAAACUACUGAGCCAGUCUGUUCCAUUGAGCCAAUCCUUCCCUCCCUCCCUCUCCCCCACACCCAUACUGGGCCGGCAUGGACACAGCAUCAGCACAGCACUGGAGUAAUGCCUUCGUUGGGGGAGUCUGUCUGAAGCCCCUGUUAAUCAGAGGGCAGGAAGUGUCUCCUAAAGCGUUCCUUGGUACCCCACCAUACUUCACUUUGCAAAUCAAACUGGUAUGGUAACGAAUUAGUGACUUUCAAUUUAAAUUCUGUUGAAAUUGUUGUUUCUGGGUUUUUUUUUUCUUUUUUGUCAUCCAAUAUUCCCUUAAAAGGGAAUCUCUCCUCAGGUUCAUGGAGUGCCCUCAUGUCAUUGCUCUGCUGGAAUCCCUGGUGUCACUUUGCUACGUCUUAGUACUGUCUCUCUUCUCUACAUGGGCUUUGGGUAUGGUGUGGUAUGACACACAGUUACCAGCCCUUGCACCCUGGUCUCUGUGUCCUCACUAAACUGUUUCUCUCUGUCUCCAUGUUUGUGCUAUGUACAGUAACCUCCUCUGUCUUACCUGGAGACCGGUGUCUUCCCAGACAAUGCUUGCUCAGUUCCCGCUAGGUUGUAAAUUGGAGCUUUGCGUGAGGUGUAAAAAGGAGUAGGGAACACAAAGCAGAGGAGAUGGUUUCUGAAAUGCAGCUACACCGUAUUUUACACUUAGUCUCAGGAUUCACUUGAACUAAAUGUUAUUUGCAGUGACAAAUGGUCCCAUUAAAACUAACUUGCUAUAUUUAAUUUCAGGUUUUUAUCCCAUUAAAUUUUACUUUACACUCAAAGCCAUACAGUUGAUUUGUGUACUUUGGUGUCUCCUAAAUGUGUCCUCAUCCAUUAGUAGUCCAGUGCUCAGAAAACAUAGAUAUGAGUACUUAAUGAUUCUUAGUACUGUGUGUAUAUGUUUUUCCCUUCUGUGUAAUACCCCCUAUAGCCAUAAACUUGCAGAACUUGCCUUCCUUGAUCUCUCAUUCCAGCAGUUGCCAGACACUGUGGUGCUGGCCAACAGGGUUGAGCAGUCCAGCAGUCUCUUGUGCACUGUUCAUGCAUCAUUGCACAAACGCUUUGACACAACCAGAGAUAAUUAUGCUUGCUUGCUUUAUUUGGAGUCCAAGGAGGCAAUGAAGUGACAAUUGCUUCUCUUCCAUUUCCUCCCCUUUCUCAAUGUGUAUUACUGUCCCUCUUUGCAAACUGCAUGGUUAGAUAUAGGCUUAGUUGUUUUUGUUGUUAUUGCAAAAUCACACCCACUAAUUGAGUGCUGUUUUGUUAUCAACCGGCAGACUGCAAGUUUAAUUCAUGGUUUUAGUGUCUUUCAGCACCUGUCACAAGUCCAAGAAAAAAGGGCUAAAAAUAGUGUCAGGGAAUUAUGGGAGUUUUUACAUGUGGAAACUGCAGUGAGGAAUGAAUACAGUGUGUUCAAUAUAGACAGUGUCAUAGCUGUAGAAUUUUUGGAGAUACUUGGUACCUGAUUUAGCCUCUGAUGCCCAAACAGUGCAGCACUGUCUUUGCAGAGCAUAGCGAACCAUUGUAAACCACUGUGAUCACAAGCUGGUGGUUUUCCAGCAGGGUGUGCACUGUCACAAACUACGGGUAACAUAGCAGUGGUCACAGAAAAACGUGUGGGUCGUUGUUAGCCUGACAGCAGCAUCUGCGCAUGCUGGGUUUGUAAGUGUGAGAAAGAGUGGAAAUGACUCUUACAAACUGUAAUCAAUCCGAAGAUCUUGAGACAAACUUGAAAACUGACUGAAAAAGGGUAGUAUCAAAUUUAUGGGAUUCAAGUGAAUCAAAUUUACUAGUGAACAAUUGGAGUAUCUAGAAACUUGAAUGAAUAAUUUGAUUAAUGUACAGCAUCUCCUUGUUUACUUUUUGUGUGUGUGUAAUUUUUCAUUGAGUACCAUUUUGUGUUUUUUCCCUUGUUUCUUUUUUAUUUAUGCAGAGGAAAUAACAGUGGAAAGCACAAGGAUUCUGAUGUGGGUUUCUGGGGCUUAUCAUAAAUGUUUUCACAGUGUAUCUGAGUUUUAGGGUCGAUGCCUGACCUUUUAUUGAUGAAAUGGACCAUUAAAGGUUGUGUUUUAAUGCUAAAAAUGCUCAAUCUAAUUUCUCCUGCGUAACACUCGGAGUCAAAACGAGAGCCAUGUGUGAAAGUUUCAGGCUGAGGUGAGCGCUGCGAUUGGACAAAGUGUUUAUGGAUUAUUGACAUUGUUCUCUGUUGCCUUUUAUCUCCCCUUGUUGCGUAUCACUUCAGCCCUGUGGGGACAAAGUCAUGUCUGGAGACUGAUCUGGGUGCAGUGCUGGGCAGUGGUACUCUGUCAAGUGGGGUGGUAACUGUGGUUCGCUGACCACUGCCACCAGCCCCCCUUCCCGUCUUUACACAUCAGACGGACUUUAGUCUUGCCAAGCUGUGAAUAGAUUUAUUCUGUAUAGAAAACCAAGCAUAUAAUGAAACAAAUGGAAUUCUAAAAACAUACAACACUGUUGGGCAGGAAUGUGAUAAAAGGAGUGUUUUAUCAAUUUUAGAAGAAAAUUAUGUAAAUGUAUAAAAUAUGUAUGUAUGGUUAGUUUGCAAACUCAGGUUCUAAAGGACCAAAUAAA